AUGCCACUUGAGUUGGUUUUAUUUUAUUGCCGUUGGUUUGAUCCAACACCCAAUGGACUGCGACGCUCUGAGAACUUAGGUUUGGUAGAGAUUAAGCACACAUCAAGAUUAUCAAAUUUUGACCCAUUUGUCAUGGCUGCUCAAAUGGUGAGUAGCAUUCGUCACAGUCGUAACAGUCAUGCAAAAGGGAGUGCUUCUCUUGUUUCAAACUCAAGUGAUGGUGCCUCUCAAAGACCAAGGUCUGAUCCUCCUUCCCAAAGCCUUAAUGCUACUGAACCUAUCCGUUCUGUACAGUCAGCUAAGCAAAGGGGGAGAAAGCAGGGGUGUCUAACAAAGUUAAAAAUGCCGGUGCAUGGUCGCAAGGUUGCCCUUGAACCACUUAGUGAUACGUGUUUACAUGAGCGCCUUAACCAGAUGGGGGAACUUAAUAAUGACCUAAUACUGCUGCCCACUAGUUCAUCACAUGUUGGUGAGGACUUGGAUGGUGAGGACAUGGAUGGAGAGGACGAAGAGGACAUGGAUGGCAGCUACAUGGAAGGAGAGGACACGGAGGAGGACAUGAAUGAAGAGGACAUGUAUGAAGAGGACGAAGGGGACGAAGAGGACAGGGAUGAAGAGGACAUUGACAACAACAAUGGGGGCAGUAAUGCUAGAUCAUACAUCGAUGACUUCUGUGAUUUGGGAUAUAUAUGGUAA